GGGCCCUUGACUGAAUCAGAUCUUCCAUCAACAAGUUAAGUCUACAAUCAACUUCCCACCAUCUUCCUCUUGUCUCAUUUCAGGAUUCCUUGUAGGACAAGAUUCUUCUUCUUUGCGCGAUUAUCUUAGGACCUUGCAAUUUAAUCUUCCUUUCUUGUACUACCGAUUACCUGAAUCUUCAAAAUGGCUGACGACGAGGAUCGCGCGCAAAAGCAACGGGAUGGAAUUGAUAGAGAGGCCGCAAAGCUAUGGAGAUGUUAUAGAACUGUACACGAGAUGGUCCAGGAUCGGGGUUACCUUCUCGCUGAAGAGGAAGUCAACAUGAGCUUUGAUACAUUCAAGAGCAAGUUUACCAGUAAUGAUGGAAGUGUUGAUCGUCGCCAAAUGAACUUUUCCGCGACCCCAAGUGAAGCUAUGAUUGCCAAAUACGCAGCUGCGCCCACCGCAGAGAAUCCAAACCCAACCACCUCAGAAAUUGGUACUAUCUGGAUUGAGUUUCUCAUGGUAACUGAUGUUUCCAUUGGAAUCAAGCAAAUGCGAACAUUCGCCCAGCAUCUUUCUCAACAUAACUUCUCGGCUGGAAUUCUCAUCGCACCUGUUGCACCAUCAGGUCCCGCUCAGAAGAUUAUUCCCGCUGUCGCAUCCGAGACCAGAAUCGAGACCUUCGUCGAGCAAGAUUUACUUGUCAAUAUUACACAUCAUGAAUUGGUUCCCAAGCAUGUUCUAUUGAGUAGAGAAGAGAGGGCCAAGUUGUUGUCAAGAUAUAGAUUGAAGGACACUCAACUUCCACGUAUUCAAGCUGCCGAUCCAGUCGCGAAAUAUUUGGGAUUGAGAAGAGGGCAGGUUGUUAAGAUUAUCAGAAAGUCGGAAACUGCUGGUCGUUAUGCCAGUUACAGAUUGUGCGUAUAAUGGAGCUGGAGGAUAGAUGAUUUGGUGUUAAUAACUAAGGAGUUUAUUGGGAAAAUUGCAUAUCUGGGAAAGGCGUAAUAGGAUGGAAGAAAGACUGAGGAUGAGAUUGUCUAUUUUGGCUUUCCAGGAGGCAGUACAUUUAGACACGAAAUUUGAUAUGAAAUUUUUUGCUCUGUAUAUUUCUGAUAGUUUCAGAGCUUUUCAACAAGAUCUAUUCUACAGUUUUAAAAUUUUAGGCUCACCCUUUGACAACCAUAUGAAGCGUUCCUUUCC